UGAAAUACACAGAAGCGUGUCGCUCAUACGCCCCGUCAAACCAUUGACGCACAUAUGAGUAAUAAAUUAUUGCGAGCAGCAACGGUAAAGAAGAAAAUAAAAGUUGGCUGUUUGGGUUGAUCAAUCAGCCAUUAACAAUAGCUAUAAACCGGAAGAAACGCGCGGAAUGACAGUUCAAAGAGUGAUUGUGAAUUAUUGAAGUGAUUAUAUGGUAUAAGCACAACACCGCAACUAAUUAAAUGAAGCUAAUUUGUGCAAGUGUGAGUAGUAUCUUUAAAACGUAAUUAUAUAAAAAAGAGGCAUAAAAAAUCAAAGACAACAUCUUGAAUACAUAAACAAUAACAAAAACAAACGCCACUCUAGCGGCAGCAUGACUGAGAACAAGUAUAAACACGCUGCUAGCAGUGCCGACAGCACAGAAAUCGCCAGCAGUCACAGCAAUAACGCGCAAGGUGAAAGCAGAAAUGCCGGCGGUAGCAACACCAAGCCGAAGGAAAAGAAAAAUGACAGCGAAGCGACAGUGGCGCUGACGAAUACGCAAUUUGCGCGCGAAAAGGAUGAAGAGCCGCAUGACAGUUCUUGCGCUGUUGGUCCACCAGAAUGCACCAAGUGGAGCGAUUACGUAUAUAAAGCUGUACCUUUUCAGAAGCGUUUCCCGGCGCUUGACUCUAUGAAUGAGACUCGACAGUGUCAAAAACAUAUCUGGGUCAUGUUUUCAGUCAGUUCAAACAAUGUUGCGAACAAGUAAUGUUUUUUCUUCGAAGAGAAGUAAUGGUUUUGAGUAAUGGUAAUAAUGAUGAUAUAUGUAUGUAUGUAAAUGAAUAGUGAAAUGUAAUGUUAAAGUAAUGA